CAUUUGUAGUGCGCUCGUCCUCGACCUGCUCGUUCUCUGGGAAUUGACGAUUGCGCAACGCGUUGUCCGUGACGCCCCUCUGCCCAGGCUGCGGCACACGAUAUGCCGGCCGUGGAACGGCGAAGGCGCGCUGCCGGCUGCCGGCUGCUGUCAGCUUCAGUCUGCACUGAGCAGCGUCUGCACACACACCGCCAGCCGCCGCGCCACCAGAACCUGCGGGCAGAUACCGACGGCUUAUUGGUCGAGGCACAUAAAUCAGCCAUGCCGAGAGGAGAUGGAGCGAAACAGGUGACGCCACCAUCUUGGCUGGACAAGGCCUUUGUCGCCGACGCCCUGAAAGCUUCUGACCCAGCAACUGAUGAAUCCAGCGUACAGAUCGUGUCUGUGGAGGAGGUGUGUGGCGGCUACCUGAGCGAAACCUUCAGGGUUGUCGCGCGUAACACCGUGACUGGGGCGACCCAGAGAAAUAAGACCACGUCGCUGAUUGUGAAGAUCGCGCCGAACUCCGACGGUCUCCUCAAAGACGUAAUCGAUAGUGGAGUGUUCACCAAGGAGAAGAUCGCCUACAGCACCUUCCUCCCGGCCGUGGAGGCUGCUCUGAGAGCGGCUGACCUUGGCGGGUGGCAGCCUGUGUGGCCCAAGUUCUAUUAUCAGGGCUCGACGCCGAGCGACUUUCUGGUGAUUGAAGACCUGGACGCUUCCGGGUUCCGUAAGGUGGACGAGGCCGUCUCUUUGGACCUGGAGCAGUGUACGGUCGCAGUGCGAGGUCUAGCCCGCCUGCACGCCGCCUCUGUCGCCUUGCUGGACGACGAGCUGUAUGCAGAUGGUCUAUUCCACCAGUCGCUCAUCUUCAACGAAAAGAUGCUCGAGAGCUACGAGUCCUCAAUGGCGGACGGAUUUGGUAAAAUGGUAAAGAUCUUCGAAGAAUACGCUUGGUUUCACAAGUACAAGGGCAAGCUGAGCGAUUUCGGGCUUCCUCUGCUGCGCACGACAGUGGAUGUGGUGACAAAGUCGAAAGUAGAUUUCAGAGUUAUGCUACACGGCGACUUCCACAGGAACAACAUGAUGUUUCGCAGGGACGGGGAAAGUCUACAGGUUCGCGUCUUCGAUUUUCAGGGUAUGUACGUGGGGUGCCCGGCGGUGGAGCUGCAGUACUUCCUGCACACGAGCGCCAGCCUGGAAGUGCUGCGCGACCACGUGGACCAGCUGCUGGCAGAGUACCACGUGGAGCUGCAGCGCGCGCUGCGGGCCCUGGGCCGCCUCCAGCAGGCGGACGCCUACCCGCUGGACAGCCUGCGCCGCGACUUUGACAGCUUCGGCGUGGUCGGCGUCUACGUCACCUUCCACAUCUUGCCGCUCGUCCUCGACAGCCACAUGGCGGGGCAGAUGGCCGACAUGACACUGGAAAAUUUCCAAGAGCAGGCGGACGAGUUCUGUCAGAAGCACUGUAGAAAUGAAAGGUUCCUGCGUUACGUCGAGUACCUUAUCCCUCACUUUGACUCCAAAGGAUUGUUUGAGGUAAAGGUAGUAUAAAUCAUAUACAGUUCAACGCUCUUGACGUAAACAUUUUAUGUAAAACGAAGAAGGGUGGGAAAUGACUGUUUAAUGUCCGGCCGACGACGUAGUCAUGAGCUCGAAUUGGGCAACUGACUAAAUAUUUGAAUAUGGGUUGGGUGGCAGGACAUGUGGUUGAUCUGGCGUCGUCCUCCCGAAUGAGAGUCCAGUGCGCUUAAAACUGGGCCAUGUGCGUCGGUAUGUAGGAGGAGGGCGAACUUGGUUCUAGCCGGUCUUGGGAUUAACAAUUAGUGUCUGUGUCGGCAGUAAAGCCGACCCAAACACUCACACCGCUGCUCUUCCUCCAAUUGAGUAAAUAUGCUCAGUGAGAUCGCGGUAGUAUCGAUUCGAUUCGAAUUCCUUUCCAGCCAUCUAGAUAGAAACUUUCCGCGGUUUUCCAGCAUCACAUAAAGGCAAAUUUCGGUACUGUUCCUUAAAGGACACGGGUGAUUUCCUUGCCCCCCCCCCCCACCCCCAUCAUCUUCCAGUCUGAGGUCCCGUAUCUAAUGACGGGAUGCUACAAUGUAACCUUUCUUCCUUUUCCUCCAGUCACAGCCUAUAUUCUAUCUCUGAUCAUCUCGCACUCGAUGCAACGUUAAAUCACAAUCUUCCUGCCUCCUUUCUUGCUAUUCUUAUCGAUACACAGUUGUUCGUAGCCCAUCUGAAUGUGGUUCUUAACUAAGAAGACAGUGACGUGUCCGUUAUAUUUCGACAUAUAUUUUAAAAUAUCGUUUAACCAAAACUUCUGUAAAAACGGUCAACCUGUAAUUGAGCUAUUAACAUGAAAACAUGCAGGUCACUGGCAAAUGACUGACCUCUCGUGACAUUUUGAUGUGUCUUUAUAUACGCCGUCGCACUGCACAAUUUUAGUUCUGAUUAUUGCAAUUUUGGUUCCACAAGUAAUCAUCGUCCUAGAGCAUGAUGCUGUUUACUUUAACGUCAAUAGUAACAAUUGCACUUCGAUCAUGCGCUAACGGAUGCAGUCAGUCGUCCCACUUCCUCUGCAUCUGAGCGUCGCUUUCUUGGGAGGAACAAUCUUCGAUUACCGCUGAGCGCCAAAGACGCACGACUCUCAGGUUAGCAGGAAUUAUAGCUAAGCUGUUGUUUCGACGAGAGAACUUUUCAUGGGCAGCUGCGUGAAGAAUAUUAAGUCACUGAUGCGAUGUAUAUAUAAAAUCACAUCAGUGACUUAAACCAAUCAAUGCUUAUUCACAGUUUAAAGUUGAGGAAAAAAAGUUACAUGUUGCCAUUUAGUUAUAUCCUUGCAAACACACAGCAGUGGGCAGAAGUAAUAUUGAAGGGCAUAUAAGGAAAAUCAUGUUUAUGGUGCAGUUUGUUCUGUACCUGUCUCACCGGACAUACGAAAGUUUGCCUGUCGUUAUGUCUUUACCAUGGAUCGACACAAUGAUUUUACAUAUACGUACCGCAAUAAGGCUGUUGUUUAAAAUACUGGUUCGCGUUCGGAUGCACAUCUCCCUUCGGCCACUCGGGUUUAUGUUUCCCGUUAUUUAUCUACUCGACUGAGUCGAGUGUCAGGGUGAUUUCCUCAGUAUGCUGUCGGAUAACAGUGACACCCAAACUACGUUCCCUCCACUUCGCUGCAUUUAUACUGGAUAAAACAAAUACAUAUCCCACUCACAUAAAAUAAGACACACUGUACGUAUUUUAUAUUAUUUAUGCUUGCUUUUUGUUAAGUUACAUUUUGUUUAGUUAAAGGUUGCUCAUAUACUAUAGUACUUAAGAUGUGUACAUGCAUUAUGUAUAAAAUGUGUAUUUCGCUUUGACAAGUACAUGACUUAGCCUGCAUUGUAAGCUAGAAACAAGAGCUCUGUACUAAAUAAAGCUUUCUUGAUACUUUUAUCACAGCAACUACGACAUUAUUCUUUGAAUUUAGCACACAAGGAAAUCCUACUGUCUCUGCCUCUUGAAUCAAACUUAACUAUAGUCCUCUCAAAAAUAUGUUCUUAUUUCAAAAAUUACAUUUUGCUUUUAACGAUAUUCAUUCUAGUACCUAUUUAUGUAUUAUCGAUAUGUAUUUUCCUUGAAAUAUAUAGAAUAUUGACACAGUUGUUCCAU